UGGGUCUGCAGCUCGUGCAAGGCAGUAUGCGUGCUGAGCUGACCCAUCCCCGAAGCCCAGCUGGACUCCGAAGAGGGUGGGCAGGACCUUUAUCCCCAGCCCAGCCCACAGGACCCUUCCCUUCCUGAGGCAGACUGCAGCAAGCACCCUGGCUGAUCCCCUGCGCCCCUACAGCUCCACACAUCCCCAAACCCACCUCCUGUUGGCUGGGAUUGGCCUGACCUCUGCUCUGGCCAAGGCCACGACCAUCCUUCGGCCCCCACGAGAAUUCUCUCAGCUGCCCCACACUUCCUUGUCCCUUCUGAGAACCAGGCCUAUUUGACUACAUGGGCUGCGAGGCUGCUGCCUGGACUGCCGGCCUCUUCUGCCCCAAAACCAUGUCCGUAGCUCUCCUGUGGCUGGGCUUCACCCUCCUGGGGACCCUGCACACCCAGGCCCAGAGUUCCACCCCCAGACUGCUGCGGGCCCCAGCUCUGUCCAAGAUUCCGCUGCAGCCCAACUUCCAGGCUGACCAGUUCCAGGGGAAGUGGUACGUCAUAGGCGUGGCGGGGAAUGCAAUUAAGAAGGAAGAGCAAGACCAGUUUAAGAUGUACACCUCAAACUACGAGCUGAAGGAAGACGGCAGCUACAACGUCACCUCCACCCUAUUAAGGGACGAGGGCUGUGACUACUGGAUCAGAACUUUUGUCCCAAGCUCCCGGCCCGGCCAGUUCACCCUUGGCAAUAUUAAGAGCUACCCUGGGAUAAGGAGCUACACCGUGCGGGUGGUGAACACCGACUACAACCAGUUUGCCAUAGUGUUCUUCAAGAAGGUUCAAAAGAAACAGGGGUACUUCAAGACCACCCUUUACGGGAGGACCAAGGAGCUGAGCCCUGAAUUGAAGGAGAACUUCAUCAACUUCGCCAAGUCCCUGCGCCUCACUGAUGACCACAUUGUCUUCACCGUCCCGAUCGACCGGUGCAUCGAUGACCAGUGAACCUGCAGUGCCUCCCGUCUCUCUUUGCUCCCACCCGCCUCAUGCCAGCCUUUGCCUGACCCAGCGCCCAGUUAACCCCCCCACCAGCCUGGACACCAGUGACAGGAGAGAGCCCAGAGGCCCUUCUCCGGGUCUGCCCCCCAGCAGCUCCUUGGGCUGCAGCCCGGAAGAUGCAGCCCCGCCUUGCCUGCUAAAUAAACACAUGCCCCGCCCC